ACUUGGCUCCUAGGCUGCGCCGCAUGUCUCAUUUCCGCAGCGGCCAGCCAUGUUGGAGGCGUGCCAUGAGUAGGCCACAAAGAACGGGCGGUCAAGCCUGCUGCGAACAACUGUUCGCGCAGGCAUUUAUUCCCCCGCCCGCGUGCAUCCUGCUGCGAACUGGUAGCACAGCAGCAUCCUCUCGACCAAUUCUCACAACACCACUACAGCAGCAGUAUGGCUUGCGAAUUGGGAUCCUCCCCCUUUGCGGACUCCGGCUUUGAUGACAGCUGGCUCAAGGCAGAGACAGGCAGCAACGAUUUGGAAACCAUUCGCGCGUUCAAUGCCAAUUUCGAGCCACAGAGUAGCGGCGUGGUCGACCUCUCCCAGACGUUCAGCAGUGACGCCGCAGCACAACCCAGCAGUCAAUCAGCGUACAAUUUCAACACCACCGCGAACACCGAUCUCGAUCAGACUAUCUGCCCAUCGCCAGUCUACGAGGCAUACCCGCCCACUUUCACCAACAACAAUCCGGCCUCACCCUACUUCCAAUCUGUCGAGAACAGCAAUGGAGUCAAGCACCAUACUUCCUCACUGCGCCACGAGCAUCAUGGUCAUCGCCGAUCUGUCUCCGAGCCACCAGGAAUGCCGCACCAGCCAGCAAUGAUGUUCCACCGCGAUGAGCACUACCUGGGCAGCCCGAUGGCUCCUCUGAAAGUGAAGGCGCUGAAAAGUCAGCCAUCACACAAGGCCAAUCGAAGUCAACCAUAUCCCACUCUGUCCCGCAAGGCAGCCAGACAGCAGAUGCCAAGCUAUCCGCACGCAAUGCAGCACCCCUACCAGCACCAGCAUCAGCAGGGCUUCCGACCUAGCGUUCAUCGUUCCCAGACACAGCCUGCCCGCCAGUAUGCGCCGACAAGUACUCCUAUGAUGUCCCCGCAGCAGUACAUGAAUAUGUCUCCACCGGCGCCGGCACAACAACAGACCUGUUUCCCACAAUCUCAGCACACCGCCUCACCACGACCGCAAGUCCCGAUGCUACCCGAUCAGAACUCGUUCAUGCAAAGCACAAGUCGCGUCUGCACACCUGCAGCGAUCGACCCCGCGCUCAGCACACCUUCGCCUCCUGGAUCUGGUAAGCGACCCCAGUCGGCGACACUCAACAUUCCGAUGACUGUGGAUGAGCUGAGAGCGAUGAUCUUCGAGACUGUCAAGGAGGCAGUAUCCGGGACUGUCAGCGAUGGCAACAGUGGCAGCGAGCCAAGUGGUGCUGUGCAGAGUACAGAGCAGCUUCAGCAAACAGAGGAGCAGGCACUCGGCGAGGAAUUCGAGAGGCUUAUCAAACAUGAAGGAUGUAGCGAGGAUCCGAGGGCUGUUCAGAUGGAGGAGACGGAAGACAUUGAGGCGUUCCUCGGCGUGGCGCAAGUUGAGAAGAGCGAUUGAGAUGGGUGACAGACUGGGCAUGCAUACGCAAAUUGACUUUACGCCAAUCGAUGCUUGCAUGUGUCGUGGUGGUACCAAUGCAGGUGCCACGCUCGUUGCGACAUCUCCGUUCGUCGUGAGCGUCGCAACGAUAAGAGGAGGAAUGGAAAGAGUCAGCUGCAUCAUGAUAAUCAAGACAUUACAUUC